AUGAGCCCAUCUCGCACCCUCUCGCCUCUGCGCAUCGCAGUUCUGCUCAAUUCUUACCGAUCCCCCUUCAUCACCGACAUCCGCGACUCCUACGUCCGCACCAUCACCGCUGCAGCUAAUCUCGGCAGUGAGGAUGAUGAAGCCAAUACCACACCCGAAUUGACCUUCUUCUACCCGGCCGAGAAUGAAGACGAACUCCCGGACCCCGACGAGUACGAUCUCAUCGUUAUUGGCGGCGGCAAUGUCGACCCGCGGCGGAAAAUGCCCUGGAUCUCCAAGCUGCACCAGUUUAUUCUAGAUGUGGUCGCGCACCACCCGCAGACGAAACUCUGCGGUAUCUGCUGGGGCCAUCAGACGAUUUGCAUGCUAUUUGGGGCCGAAUUGGUGGAUAUGGAGACGCCUGAGCUCGGCGUAACAGAAGCCCAACUAACCCCCGCCGGCCGCCGUUUCCUCCACCGCCCCAACCCCAUCAACAAAGACCCGACCACCCUCCGCCUCCAGCAACACCACCGCCGUGCCGUCGGCUCCCCGCCAGUCCGCGGCGGUUUCCACGAGCUCCUGGCCGACAACCAAGCUUUCCUCAACCACAACAACACCAUUCUCACCUGGCAGGGUCACCCGGAAAAGGAUGCGAAGUGCGCGAAACUGCGGGUUCGGGAUGCUACGCGCUGGUUUAGCAUCAGUGCGGAAGAAGAGAAGACCGCGCUCGCCGAGGUGGAGAAGGUCAUGGGCGAGGAGGAUGAUGGGAGGGAGGUGUGGGUGAGGAUCUUGGAGUGGGUUAGGGGAGAGCAUCCAGGGUAUCAGGUGCAUUUGUGA